UCGGUUCGAAUCAUUUAAAUGGGCACGAGCACGUGCGCGCACCCGUAUUCUUUGUGUGGCAGCAUAGAGAAGCGCCAAAAGAGUGACCAUGGCUGAUGAAAAACCAAAGGAAGCAGUCAAGACAGAAAGCAAUGAACACAUAAACCUGAAGGUAGCAGGUCAGGAUGGAUCUAUAGUGCAGUUCAAGAUCAAAAGACACACGCCGCUCAUCAAACUCAUGAAGGCCUACUGCGAUAGACAGGGACUGGCAAUGCGGCAAAUCAGGUUCAGAUUUGAUGGACAGCCAAUAAAUGAGACGGACACACCAUCACAGUUGGAAAUGGAAGAUGAAGAUACAAUUGAUGUGUUUCAACAACAGACAGGAGGCCUCAUAUAAUCAACAUGCUUCACCAUUUUCCUCCCUAACAUAACCAACCAUCCGGGCCUGUGAUUCACAGCGGCUGCUUCUUUGCAACUUUUCCUAUUGUCUCAACAAAAUUCCAUGCAGAAGAAGUUUAUCUGCUUCACACAACUGCUGUAUAGUAUUUGAAUUAUUGCCCUUGUUACUUUUCUGUUUUUGUAUAUAAACCACACAAAGGUUUUGUUUGUUCAUGCUGUAUUGUGGUAAAUGUUAAGGACUUAUUCUGCAAGGUUGCAGACAUAUAGGACUGUUGAUAGAGUAAGAAUUAAUAAACCUGACUUUUUUCUGGUCAAAUGUU